AUGGAUAAUAAUAUUGAAAAAGACCUACUUUAAAAAUCCUAAAUCCAUGCGGAUAGCUUACUUAAGAUGGUAAAAAAACUCAAGUCAGAAAAUUAAGGUUUAUUAACUUAAAUCCAAUAAUUAUAAAAACAAUUAAGUAUAUAAGGGGACAACUCCUUAUUUUAGAAGAUUCAAAGCGAAAAUAUAUAUCUAAUUUAAGAAAAUUAAUAGUUGAUUAAUAAAUAGAAAGAAUUAUAGUAAUAAAUUGAUGAUCUUCAACUUCAAAAUGCAAAUCUCAAAUAUUAAUUAAGUCAGACUAAGCAAGGAACUGCAAAAGUAUAAAGCUAAAUCCUAAAUGAAGAAUUAUAUUCCAAGUGCUAAUAACUGGAGUUUUCUUACAAAAAAUCAUAAUAGGAAAAUGAUCAAUUAAUUUAGAAAAAUGAUCAAUUAAUGAAUGAAAAAAAUCAGCUUUUUGAGGAAUUAUAAAAAGUGGAGGAACUCUAUAAAUAAUCAAAAAGAAGCUAAUCAAAUUUAUCGAUGUCUAUGUCCAUGUAAACUAUGGAAUUAUGUAAAUUAUUUCAAAUAAUAAAUUAGCACAAUAAAUAAUUGCCCAAAAUGACUACAAUAAAUCAUAAAUUAUGCAUACUAAAUAAAAGGAUUAUGUAAAGCUUAUCUAAGAAUUUUAUAUAAUUUCUAUUCCAAUCACUUCAAUAAAAUACUAAAAUCCUGAACCUAUGGUCUUAUUUAAACAUCCAAUCUAAUGUGAUUAAGAGCUUAAGACUCUAUUUCAAGUUUUGCCUUUGUUUUCUUUUCCAAGAGGGAUUAAAUGCUAGACAUCUUAAUAAGCCAAAAAGGAUAUUUUAAGGUAUAAUAAAUAAUCAUUAGAGUUUUGUAGGAUGAAUAAUUAUUGGAUUUUUCAAUUUAAGUUUUCACUCCAAAUAAAGAUUCUGGAAAAGAUAUUAAAAACGAAUUCAUCCAAAACACAAAUCCCGAUCAACUUCUUUAUGCUGUGAUUGUAUCAUCACCUGACUUUAUUGCAGAUAAAAAGUUAACCAAUUCACAUGAACUAGUAAAAUAAAAGAAAUUAGGAAACCCAGCCUAGAAUAUUUAUUUAUCUAAUGUAGCUUAUGUCAUAUUGACCUAUUAUCCAUACCAUAAGUUAUUCUAUUAAAUAGUAAAAAAUAUAAUAACAACCUUAAAAUAUGAAAGAAAUCAACUAUCCAAACAAGCAUUUGAAUAAGAAUACGAUUUAAGAUCAAUAGAUUAAUAUUAUUUUGCUAAUCACGAAAAUGAAAUAAGGAAAUAUUUAGAUUAAGUACAAUAACUAACUCUGACUAAAAUAAUACAACCUAUAAAAUUAUUUGAUAACACAGAGUUUAUAUAGAAUACUUAGUUAAGUCCAAUNUACUACUUACGAGUUUAAUUCAUUCCUUUUUUUGAGAUUAUUAGCAAAUAUUUAAUUAUGGAUAAUAAUAUUGAAAAAGACCUACUUUAAAAAUCCUAAAUCCAUGCGGAUAGCUUACUUAAGAUGGUAAAAAAACUCAAGUCAGAAAAUUAAGGUUUAUUAACUUAAAUCCAAUAAUUAUAAAAACAAUUAAGUAUAUAAGGGGACAACUCCUUAUUUUAGAAGAUUCAAAGCGAAAAUAUAUAUCUAAUUUAAGAAAAUUAAUAGUUGAUUAAUAAAUAGAAAGAAUUAUAGUAAUAAAUUGAUGAUCUUCAACUUCAAAAUGCAAAUCUCAAAUAUUAAUUAAGUCAGACUAAGCAAGGAACUGCAAAAGUAUAAAGCUAAAUCCUAAAUGAAGAAUUAUAUUCCAAGUGCUAAUAACUGGAGUUUUCUUACAAAAAAUCAUAAUAGGAAAAUGAUCAAUUAAUUUAGAAAAAUGAUCAAUUAAUGAAUGAAAAAAAUCAGCUUUUUGAGGAAUUAUAAAAAGUGGAGGAACUCUAUAAAUAAUCAAAAAGAAGCUAAUCAAAUUUAUCGAUGUCUAUGUCCAUGUAAACUAUGGAAUUAUGUAAAUUAUUUCAAAUAAUAAAUUAGCACAAUAAAUAAUUGCCCAAAAUGACUACAAUAAAUCAUAAAUUAUGCAUACUAAAUAAAAGGAUUAUGUAAAGCUUAUCUAAGAAUUUUAUAUAAUUUCUAUUCCAAUCACUUCAAUAAAAUACUAAAAUCCUGAACCUAUGGUCUUAUUUAAACAUCCAAUCUAAUGUGAUUAAGAGCUUAAGACUCUAUUUCAAGUUUUGCCUUUGUUUUCUUUUCCAAGAGGGAUUAAAUGCUAGACAUCUUAAUAAGCCAAAAAGGAUAUUUUAAGGUAUAAUAAAUAAUCAUUAGAGUUUUGUAGGAUGAAUAAUUAUUGGAUUUUUCAAUUUAAGUUUUCACUCCAAAUAAAGAUUCUGGAAAAGAUAUUAAAAACGAAUUCAUCCAAAACACAAAUCCCGAUCAACUUCUUUAUGCUGUGAUUGUAUCAUCACCUGACUUUAUUGCAGAUAAAAAGUUAACCAAUUCACAUGAACUAGUAAAAUAAAAGAAAUUAGGAAACCCAGCCUAGAAUAUUUAUUUAUCUAAUGUAGCUUAUGUCAUAUUGACCUAUUAUCCAUACCAUAAGUUAUUCUAUUAAAUAGUAAAAAAUAUAAUAACAACCUUAAAAUAUGAAAGAAAUCAACUAUCCAAACAAGCAUUUGAAUAAGAAUACGAUUUAAGAUCAAUAGAUUAAUAUUAUUUUGCUAAUCACGAAAAUGAAAUAAGGAAAUAUUUAGAUUAAGUACAAUAACUAACUCUGACUAAAAUAAUACAACCUAUAAAAUUAUUUGAUAACACAGAGUUUAUAUAGAAUACUUAGUUAAGUCCAAUUUUAUAUAAUUUUGAAUUGGCACCUAAUAGUCUUUUGUAAGGAUGGUCAGCAACUAAUUUUGUCUUGGCAUUUUAGGCAAUCAUAUUGGAAUCUAAAGUAGCCAUCAUAAGCCGAUCUUAAAAGAAUAUUGCUUAUUUAAUGAUUUUGCUAUCAUUCUGUAUCAAACCCUUAAAUUAUUUUCAUCCCUUUAUUUUUGAUGUACCAGAAAAAUUAAUGCCACUUUUAGAUGCUCCAGUUCCAGUAUUUUUGGGAUUAUAAAUGGAAGAAUUCCGAUAAUUUAAUGAUGACGUUGUUUAUAUUAACACAAUAUCUUCUAAUGUUGAGAUAGAAAAUGUAGAGAGGUUAAAAAGUAAUUUGUUAAUUGAAUUGGAAAAUCAAAUAAAACCAGUUUUAUGCAACUCCAAUAUAAUUUUAAUUAAAAAAAUUGAAUAGUUGUUGAAUAUUUUCAAAGAUUUCAUGAAUUAGGCAUUAAAUAGAAUUAAGAGUAAAUAGGCAAAAGAUUUGUUUUUAUAAAAGAUUGAAGAGACUUAAAUUUAUUAAAUGUAUAAAUGA